UUCGACAUCAUAAUACCCCAUCUCCUAUACCCUCACUCGUAUUGCUUUCUUGACAUGGUCCUUCCCAAGGUUUCUCGAGAAUAUCGCAGUCAAGGGUCCGGUUACCGCGCGCUCAAGCUCCAGGAGUCGACCGUCUCUCAGCCUCAGGACUCUGAGGUUCUGAUCAAAGUCCAUGCCGUGUCUUUGAUCUUCCGUGAUCUGCUGGUCACGAACGGAGCAUUCCCCGGAACGAAGGAGAACGUUGUUCCAUGUUCUGACAUGGCUGGCGAGAUCGUUGCCGUCGGUUCCAAAGUAUCCGCCUGGGCCGUCGGAGACCGUGUCUGCGCCGACUUCACGCUCGAUCACACGCAUGGCGAGAUUACGCCGCAGGCUCAGGCUACUUGUCUUGGUGGGCCUAUCGAUGGCGUGCUGACUGAGUACAUCACUGUUCCUGCACACUCUUUAGUCCGCAUUCCCGAGCACCUCUCCUAUGAGGAGGGCUCUACGCUUCCGUGUGCCGCUGUCACGGCGUACAAUGGCCUCACGGGCCCUCGUCCCGUGAAGGGAGGUGACUGGGUUUUGGUUCUCGGAACCGGCGGCGUAUCGAUGUUCGCGUUGCAGUUUGCUGUCGCUUCUGGCGCCAACGUGAUCGUCACCUCAUCUUCUGACGAGAAGCUCAAGCUCGCUACUAAGCUCGGGGCACGUCACGUUGUUAACUACAAGACCACUCCUAAAUGGGAUGAGGAAGUGCUGAAGCUCACAAAUGGUAAAGGCGUAGACCACGUCAUUGAGACCGGUGGAUCUGGUACAGUCGAGAAGUCCGUUGGGGCUGUGAGCUAUGGUGGAUAUAUUCAUAUCAUCGGUGCUGUGUCUGGCGGAGAUGCUGCAAUCCCCAUCUUCCCUACAAUCUUCAAGGCUAUCAACUACCGCGGCAUCCAGAUCGGUUCAGUAGAGAAGUUCGAGGAAAUGAACCGCCUCAUUGAGGCACGGCAAAUUCACCCGGUAAUCGACAAGGUGUUCUCCUUUGAGAAUGCGCCCGACGCGUUCGCCCAUUUGGAGUCUCAGAAGCACGUAGGGAAGGUCGUGAUCAAGGUGGCUUAGGCAAGGAUCAGAGAACGUAAACGCGCCUUGACUCUGUUCUUGUUCUCGGCAGGUUUAUGCGCGUAAAAGGUCCCGGUCGUCGGGCGCUCGUACAGCGGUGUACAAGAUUUUGAGGUUGUUGUGGACUCGUCGUCAAUUUUCCAAGACUAUCAAAGCUUAAUCGGGGCUUUUAUCGUAACCAAACGCUGGUAUUCAGUAUUCAAUGGACAGGGCGCAGAUGGAGCGAAGACAUUAUUACCUACUUUGUAUUUAGGCCCUGGAGCUUCGGUACAAGAAUAACAAACCCUAUUUCAGUGUAUUGU